UUUCAGGUUGUUUUUGUUUGGAGUACUGAGCUUAACGCUUUCGAUAUGCGGGUUUCAUAUUAUGAAUCGGCAUCAUGUGGAGAAAAUUUUGUAUUUGUGUUAUCCUAUAUGCGUAUAUCUUAUACUGUUCGGCUUCCAAAUCCAUCCUGCAUUCGAGUUGGUACAAUGGACCUCCCCCCUCCCUCCUUUGCAUGCUUGCAGUACAAAUCCAAAGGAUAUUCGGAAAGAAGCCGAACAGUUGAUCAUUAAUUUCAACAAUAGGAUAAAAGUGAUGCUGUUCAGCGCUAUUGUCAACGCUUAUUAUGCUGGGUUUAUUCCAGUAUGUUUUGCGCAGUCGGCCCUUUUCUACGACGUACUGUGGGCAUCACAACACAUCCUUUUCAUAUUCGAGAGCAGUUUCCUAGCGCUAUCAGAGUAUGUGCUCUCUCUAAGGUUCUAUGACAUUCUUCACAGAUCCGCUCUCCAUGUCGGCAGUUGGGAGAAGAUAGAGACCAGUAAAAGCAUGUUGCUAGUUAACAGUGCUUGGAAGGAUGAGGUUUUAUGGCCUCGAGGAACUUUAGUGAAGUAUGGUAAGGAUGUGUGGAGAGCUACAGGGGAUUGCAACAGCUGCGAGCCAGGAAACAGUGGACUCUCCAAGUUUUACUGUCUCUUCAAAAACCCCACCUUAAUAAUUGCGGUACAAUUCGUUAUCCAUUUGGCCACUGUUUUAUAUCAGUUGUACCUGUUAGUCUGUCGCUUGUAUUGGUACAAAAUUUUUUCGUUGGUUUUCGUGCUUUUUUAUAAUUAUUGUAUAAUUUAUAAAAUGACCAGAGGGUAUUUUAUAUGUAGCGGGAUUUAUAAGGAAGAAGAAGAAAUGCACAAAAAGAAUAAUAUGCGUUGAUUUUUAAUGAAAACCCAGUGGAUAAAUGAUCUAGAAUAGAAAACAGGGAGAUGGUUUUCUUUAUGCCAAGGAUGUGUAAAUUGAGGCAGACAAAUAUUGCUUUUAGUAUUUAUAAAUAAGACAGAGAAGGAAAUAUGUUUUUUUGUAUAAGAACAAUGAAAUAGCUAGAAAUGAUCUCUUGAAGUCCAUUCUUGCUAUUAUUCGAUCUACUCUGUUUUUAAAAAAUGAGUUAAAAAGCCCUUUUGGGGUGUAUAUUUCACUUUUAAUGUAUAUAUUUUGAGAAAUGUUACAUUUUUCUAUGAAUAGUAAUGAAGAUAUUUUUUAUGUACC